CUUCAAUACACAAUCAAACAAAGGCCAUCUAUCUCACAAACAAAACUUUCAAGAUGAAGCUUUCUUCGACCUCUACCCUCGUCGCUGCACUUGUCGCCGGUGUCAACGGCGCCAGCAUUCCUCGAACCCAAGGCUCUGUCCCCAUCACCUUUAUCGGUGCAGCCGAUGCCCAGUUUACUCAGGACUUCCCAACAGAUGGAAGCAGCGUCGCCAUCACCAACCCUCUGAGCAUCUCCCACAUUGCCUCCAGCACCGACGGUGUCUCAUGCGUUUUCAAUGGUAUUGACAACAGCGUCACUGUUGUGUCUGAUGCAGAGACUGUAGACGUUGGACCUCCCCAGACCCAGACCUCGGGUGCAUGCGCUGUUGGCUCAGUUCCCCCCGGUCAGUCCGAGCCUCGGUCAUCUGGCCAGGAUGUGGUUAUCACAUUUGUUGGCGCAGCAGAUGCUCAGUUCACCCAGGUCUUCCCGACCAACGGAGUUGCGACUCAGAUCUCGAACCGUCUCAGCAUCUCUCACAUUGAAUCUCACGCACCCGGUGUUUCAUGCACCUUCAACGGCAUUGACCACAGCGUUACCACUGUCAGCGGUGUCCAGACUGUUGAUGUCGGUCCUCCCCAGACCCAGAUCUCUGGUACCUGCCACCGCCUGUAAAGGAACUACUGGGAGCUAGAUAGCUUUCAGACUGUCCAAGGUCACCAAUGAGCUAAACACAGCGCUAAUCUUUGAACAACCCUAUUCCUUUCCUUCUUCACC